AUGUCAGAUAUCCCAGCAGCAACAGAUGAGCAACAGUAUACCCGGAAUACAAUUGGACGCCGGAAACGCAGAGCUCGUAGAGCAUGUCUAACGUGCCGAUCUCGAAAGGUCCGAUGCGAUGUUAUGCAGAAAUCACCAUGCAGUAACUGUCAAUGGAGUUCGUGCGAAUGCGUAGUGAUAGGACCUCGACGGUCGCCUUGCAAGAAGAACAAAGGAGACAGUCAUGGUUCCAAGCAACCCACAAAGGAGGAAGUCCCCAUUGAGGCCACGCGCAAUAGUUUAAGCUAUAAUUCAUACUCUCCGACAUUGUCGCAUGUCGAGUUCAAAGACGAGGAUUCUAAUGUAUUGGAGACAUCAUACCCUCCUAUGGACGAUAUUCUUUCACCGUUGACACCUGUUUCGCAACUUGAAGACGAAUACUGUUUCGGCCUGCAAUACGCUAGCAGCCAUGCAAAUCAGACUUCCGGCAUUGCCUGGAAUCCCCCAGGCGCAACUUGUCUACUGUCUCCCGCCUCUUCUGAAAUAGAAAAACAACAAGAAUCGGACCCCAUCAUAUGGUAUGGGGGCGAGGGGAUAGAUGACGAUCUAAUUGGUAGUCUGCUGGCACUUCCCUUUGACAAUCUGAGACAUAUUUGA